AUGUAUUUAUACGACAUAAAAGAAUUGGUAGAAUGUCUUGCCGUUGUCACUACUAUUAUUCAGUUCCUAUCGGGCACGUUAGUUUGCAAGCAAUAUGUUUCUAAUCGUACGACUGGUGAAGCUUCACCCUUGCCUUUUACCUGUGGAUUUUUUUCCUGUAGCAUAUGGCUCCUUUAUGGAUUGACGAAGGAAGAUGGGAAUAUGAUUUUAGUCAAUGUGGUUGGUGUAGUCUUCAUGGUUGCAUAUACAAUAGUAUUUUAUUUAUAUACAUUUAAGAAAAGUGUGGUGUUAAGACAGGCAUAUAUAACAGUUGGUUGCUGUAUGUUUAUGAUUUGGUAUGUUAAUAUUGAAGAGGAUAGUGAAGUUCUUCUAAAUCGUCUUGGACUCUUAGCAUGCAGCCUCACAUUACUGACUGUUGCUUCGCCAAUGAGCAAACUGCUUUAUGUUAUAAGAACUAGAAGCACUGAAUGUCUACCGUUUCCUAUCAUUCUUAUGUCAUUUAUUGUUAUGUCAUUAUGGUUCUUUUAUGGUUUAAUUGAAGAGGAUAUGUAUCUUACUAUACCCAACUUCAUUGGCGCGUCACUGGCGCUUGCGCAGCUGUCUCUGUUCGUAAUAUAUCCAAGUAAACCCACAUCCCCACUUUUAGUUAAGUCGUUAUUAGCGUAA